UCUAUCUAGACAACAUUACUUCAAACACUUCUGGCUCUCUCUGGAACCCAUGCAGGGUUGGGAGAACAGCCCAGAUUGAUUUAGGGGAGAUGGAUUGGGGCGAUGCUCUAGGUGUUAUUUGCACAGAUGGCUCUACCUAUGUGUGUCCUCCUGUAGGUUGGUUUAAUACUCGCUCCAUCCAUCGGUGCAGUCGGGACUCUGUGACUGACACACCUGAAGCACUGUGUGGGACGAUGACUCACCAACCGACUGUUUUUAACUACAAAUGUUUCGUGCACGCUCGCGGGCCCUCCGCGGCGCGCGAGCGUGCACGUGCACUCUCGCACAGCAGCGGGCAUCACGUCAAGCCAGGCAGCAAGAAGAAGGCAAAUCCGAUGGCACCAUAGUCCUCACGUCCCGCCGAGACAAGGAAGUGGUUUUCGCAGAUGCCUCCUGUGAGUCGGGAGCUUCACUGAGGUGACUUUUGUCAGCGCGUAUGCUUCAUUAACUUCACCCUGCGAGCGCCUGCUAUGUGCAAGGUCAUAGCGACUGGAUGGACGCAUGGUUGAGUGUUAUUUCUGUGCCCGUCGACGCGCUGUCCUAGUUUCACGCGGAUUUCGUCAGGUGCACUGGAGCCGAGCUGAUCCCAUGGCAGACAUCGGUCCGCCCUGUGCCACCGCGAGAGGAAAAUAAUUCGAUGAGGGCGAGUGAAAUGAAAAGCCAACAGCCAUCGCUGCUCGCCUUAUCGGCACUCCUGCUCUGCUCGUUACACCCGGCAGCUGGCUCCAGCAGAUCUCAUCAUCGCGGCGGCUCAGCAUCAGCAUCAGCAUCAGCAUCAGCAUCAACAUCAGCAUCAACAUCAACAUCAACAUCAGCAUCAGCAUCAGCAUCAACAUUACCAUUGUUGACAACAUCCCCGUCGGAGGUGAGAGGCAGGGAUGAUGCGGGGACGCUCCAGAACUGGCUGAAACAGGCGUACAUCAGUUCCAACUAUGGUCAUCACAGCCAGAAAAGAAGGCCACCAUCAAAGCUCGAGGAGGCAACAGGCCAUGGGAAUGGCUUCUCUUUCAACAGCAGCGGAGGCAACAUUACUACUGUGAUAUCUGAAAGGUCUGGCGGGGCACCAGGCGGGAGCCCAGAGGACGAGGUGUCAUCACAGUGUGCCUACCGAGUGAUUGAGGGAGGCAUUGGGGGGCAGCUGUGUUUUCGAGACACAUUGUUUGGGUACAAGUGUCGUGAGGCAGACUGCAGGACAGCGGUGUCUCUGGGGAAUCUGGUGGCAAAUAUUCUUGUCAACGGCAGCGUACUGUUACAGUGGACCCAUGAGGGAGAAUCCACGACGACUGAUCGAGGUAUGAAGACAGAAGGGACUGCAGCUGGUCAGGAUAGCAGGGGGACAAAGUCAACAAGAGAGGAAACUCAACGAUCAAACACUGUUGUCAGUGUCCAAAGCCACAGACGUGGAGGCUAUGAAUUAAGCUGCUGGUGGAAUGGAAGCUAUACUCAGUUUGAGUGUGCUGGUGUCCAUUUUGGAUCCGGCUGCAGGGACUUUCUCCUGACCGAGCUGCAUGAGAACAUCCCCUACCGACUCUGCCUGCGAUCCCUGGCUGAUCCAGCUCAGCGUGCAGACCGGCAGGACUGUGUCGAGUUUACCCUGCCACCGUUGGGGAUGCAGGACAUUGUGAUCGCCAUGACAACGGUGGGGGGAGCCAUUUGUGUGAUGCUGGUCAUCAUCUGCUUGCUGGUGGCAUACAUCACAGAAAACAUCAUGAGCCCAACGACACAGCACACAUACUCCUACCGCACUCAUUCGCAUCACUGAUGCACUGCUGAUUAAAAUGUCAUGCAUUUAAUAUCCAUGACCAUAUGUAAACUCACAAUCCCAAUCACUCGUCCAAAAUAGUUAUUUUUCAUAUACAUCCCGUUAUGAAUUAACUGAAGCACAAUCUACUGUGGCUCUGCAAAUAACACACCUUGUCAACCUCUGCGAGGAUGCACUGAACCAAAAGUACUGACAACUUACAUUUGAGUAAAUACGGUAGUUUACUGUGUUAUCUUUUUGUUCAAGGUUGUCUGUGAUUGAGUGUGUCAGUCUGGGCGCUGGCAGCAUUUAAACAGCAAUACAAUUCAUGAAAUGGUUUCAAGUGCAUCAGAAACAGCAGUUUUGCUAAAUGUUGAGCCUGUGCAAGUGUCGAGACUGGUCAUGUCCUUGCUGGGUCAAAGAAAAAUACAAUUUUACUGAGUUACAUUUUUCAUGGUAGUCCAACAGCCUUGUAUUGCUUUUAAGUCUGGAUACAGUAUGUGUUUGUACCAUUUUGUGAAGGGCAAUACAAUCUGCUGUACAGUCUCAAAAUACUGUGCCAAACAUCUUGAGUUAGAAUUCUGUUUUGUCCAACUGUCAGUGAAUAAAGAACCAUGAGGUAAUUUGUAA